AUGGCCGAGAUAUGUAUCCAGACAUCGAAUGAACAGAGCAUAGAACCGCGUUACAUAUCUACAAGAAAUAACAUGACUUUGAACUCGUCAAUCGGGAAUCCUUUAAAGGAUUUCGGUAUUCCCGAAGAAUUUCAGUUUAUACUGCUCCUGCUAUACGCCAUAACAUGUAUGGUCGUGUUGCUAGGUAACAGCGUCAUUUGUUACACGACUUACAGAGUGCGAAGCUUUCGAACAGUCACCAAUUUCUUCAUUGUCUGCCUUGCUGUUACAGACGUUGUAAUGACAGUAAUGUGUGUCCCCUUCUCUAUCCUCAGUAACCUCUUUUUCCAUUACUGGCCGUUCUGGAGUUUUCUCUGUCCCAUUGUCGGGUUUGUACAAAUGGCCAGUGUGUUAUGUAGAUCGUUUAUGCUGGUCGCUAUAACCUGUGACAUGUACCACGCGGCCACAAAGCCUCUGAAUCCACGCCUCACCACGUCUCGUGCCAAGCUGAUGGUAGCGUUGAUAUGUGCCUUGUCUUGUUUGAUAGCACUUCCGUCAUCAAUCUACUCCACUAUUGAGUACUUACCGUAUGAGCCUGGAUCUAAAGGUCUGUGUAUUGAGAAAUGGCCUGACGACUAUGUCCGAGGUAUAUAUGGUAUUUGUAUUAUGAUGCUUCAAUACUUCAUUCCUCUGAUCAUCAUGGUCUUUACAUAUAUACACAUCGGAAUCAUCAUCUGGAUCAAACGAACUCCGGGAGAGGCUCACAGUCGCAGGGACCAACGACUUGCCAGCUCUAAAAGGAAGACAAUCAAAAUGAUCAUCGUUGUCGUCAUCGCAUACCUUUUGUCAUGGUUACCACUCCAUGUGAUCACAAUCGUAGGAGACCUGGACCAAUCUAUUUUUAACUCACCGUACGUACAUAUGACGUGGCUUAUUUCCCACUGGCUAGCGUUCAGUAAUUCAGGCGUCAAUCCGGUGAUAUAUUACUGGAUGAACUCAAAAUUUCGACACAACGUGCUCUCCUGUCUUCGUGUGGCAUGUUUCUGCAAAGGAAAGCGACGAAAGCGCACGGUUAACAUGGACGCUUCAUACGUGAAAUCUGGUAGACAUGAAACCGGUGUUACAGUGACGUCAUACCAUUGUUCUACGCCCUCUCCGUGUGAAAUAAAGGACAGGAGAUUUUUCUGUGAUAGUGGAUUAAGAGAUGACUGUGUUAAAUGUGACAGAGUGUAG